AUGGGCCGCUGGCUGCUGGCGCUCGGCGCCGUGCUUGGCGCCGAGGCGCUCUCGCCAUGUGAUGACGAAGCCGGUCGGGUAUGCCCGAUGAGCCUCGGGAAGGAAAUAGGUGAGUGCCUCCAGGACCCUUCCAAGCACCAGUUGACGGACAUCGACGGCAACCCUCGCGAGCUAGAGCCUGGCGAGAAGCCACUGGAGCUCUCGGCGGGUUGCAAGGAUUUUGUUGAGGUGAACAAAGCCUGCGACAGUGAGAUCGAGCAGUUCUGCCAAGGAAUGUACUAUCAUGGCGACACCAUGACGUGCUUGACGCAGUGGACCAGCCCAAGUGAUUUAGGCAGCGGCUGUGUGGCCGCACUCCCGAAGAAGGCCUCCGGCGAUGAUGACGAGGUUGAUGCCGAGAAGGCAGCGUGGCGGGCAAAGAAGAAGGCGGCCAGGAAAGCUGCGAUGGAUGCCAUCGAGAAGGAGAAAGGUGGUGGCGAAAAGAAGAAAAAGAAAUCGAAGAAGAAGAAGGCUGACAAGGAGCUCUGA